AUUUUCCAAAAAAUAUUCAUUUGAACUCUCAUCUUUGAUUCUCAUUUGCAAUAUAUUUUGAUUUUUAGUCGAGUUGCACUUUGCAACUGGCUUUAAAGUGUUAGUUUAAAAGUUUUGUAAAGUUUUCCGAAUCGGUUAAAUUUUACGAGUUUUUCUUCGAUGCGCUGAGUUCUUCGGAGUUUAGCAACCAUGAGGAACUUCACGUUCCCGAUAAACAACUACGGAAACUUCAACCGCAGCAUCUCGCCCAUCACGCUGGACGCCGAGUGGUCGACUCUCAGUCGGCUCCUAUUCAUCUUAAUCAGCUCUAUAGCGGGCACCUUUCUUAACGGCUUUUUUAUCUCAUCCUUCUUUAUAGAGCAUUCUCUGAAACGGCUCGGUAAUGUGUACCACGCUUGUGUGGGGAUCUGCGAUCUGUUGAUCACGUCAGCCGUGAUGCCGGCCGCCGUAGUAGUGCUGCUGUCUGGUGAAUGGGAUCUGCUGGAAGUCUGCAAGGGCAUGCAGUUCGUGACCAUCGCUGCGACUUACUGCCACAGCGUGUUCUUUGCUUUUGUGACGGCCGAGACGUACGUGCGAGUGGUCCACGGGCCGCGAUGUUACGACGCGUUCCUACAGAUGGGUAUCGGUCUGGUCGCCAUUCUCAUCUACCUGUUCGGCUUCCUUCUCGCUGCCGUCGGCGUCUACAGCGGAUUCGAUUACGACUAUUGCGAGCGACGUCACCAUGGCAACUUGUACUUCCGCGUCAUCACCUCCCUUUCGGUUCAUGGCGUGACCUGCGUUCUUACGAUCUACUUCUUGAUAGCCUCCGCCAUUAACAUCCGAUGCCUCUCCCGCUUGCAAGCUCAGUACAAGAGAUCCCAGCAGUACGACCGCGACUUCAACAUGAUCCAUUUGAACAUGGCCGCUUACGUCCUCUACAUGACGUGUUGGAUCCCGUACAUCGUGACGGUCUACAAGUACCCCGACGCUUACGAUGGUCUAUACUACCACUCGGCUUGGAUUGGCGCAUACCGCUCUAUGAUCAACGGUUUACUAUACAGUGCUAUGAACGCGAACUUCCGUCAGGCAUUUUCCCAGCUCUUCGUUUACUGCUGCUGCAAGAACAGCCUCUCUGCCCCGUUCCGAAGCCGCCACCGACGCAAUCUUGAUUACUCUACGCCAUCUGGUGAAGUCAGGGUCCAUGUCAUGCACAAGGCCAUUGCCCCUAGCAGCCCCUCACGACCUGGCACCUCUCGCGACACUCAGGAAUUAUGAGUAUUUACCUACACUUGCCAGUAUGUCAUGGGCUUUCUUAAGCACUAGAGCGUAUUUCACUAUCCCGAUCCUCAAAGACUUAACGCGCCUUUUAAUUAAAAUAUACUUCUAUUUGUUAGGGCGUUAAGUUUUUGAUGAUCUCGGCGCUCUAAUGACAACUGACCAUCGACGAAGUCGCAUCAUCUGCGCAACGACAACCAUUGAUUAACAUUCUCUUUGACGUUCAUGUUCAAUUUCUUGGAAUCUCAGUGUUGACUGUGCGUAGUAGUUGGUUCUUCUUAGAGUCACUAUCCCACCUUUUGUAAAUAAAUCUUCAUGACAUUUUAAUUAUAUAUAUACAGUUGUUAACCCCUAUAUAUUGAAAUUUGACUAAAAUUUAUUUCACUGUGCCUACCUACGAAUUUUAUAAAUACCUUGUAUCUACUUUUAUUUUGAUACUGUACCUAUAUCCCUAACUUUUACUACGAAUUUACAACGGUACUUUACAGUUUUUAUCCUAAUAUUAAUUAUUAUAAGCAUUUUACAUAACAACGUACGGGCUAGCUUUGGGGUACUCACAGUGUUUUCAAAAUUGAUGUUUUUUUUAUACUUUACAAUUUUAAUGUGGUGAAUUUGGUUGUAAGUGAAAAAAAUUAUAUUUAUUGUUUUAUAAGUAUAAAUAUUUAUUGUUAUUAUUAAGUUUGCACCGAUUGCAAUAAGCGGUCGGUUUUUUUAUUAAGUUACCAAAAAGUCACCAUUACGUGUACCUAAUUAAAUUUUAAAUCACGCACAAUUAUUUAUAUUAUUGUAAGUUAAAGAUAUUACUUUAUUUAUGAUGUUUUUGUUAUGUAGAUUAUUAACGUGACUAAACAGUUCGUAAUAGUAUAUUUGUUACAAAUAUAUAUGAGAAAUAAAAAAUAUAUAUCUAUAGGUUAAUAUUUUCCAAACUGUUUUCAAAUUCAAGUGUUUUAUUCCCAAA